AUGGGUGAGAUCGGUACGAAUCUGCUCCUGCGGAGGAUAGCUGAACAAGCCCACAAACAGAACAUGAUACGCGACGCAGCACUGGAGAACAAAUUUCGAAAGCUGCCCAAUCCAACGUCGUCCAGAAACGACAAACGGGUGCACAACCUGUCGUCAACGGAGCUGACGAAGGAUCAGAUGCAGGUUUUACGGCACGAAGCUUCAUUUAACACGGCUGACGCCAAACCUGUUAACAUGAUUGCAGCAAUGGAAUCAAUCCUUUGUCAGACGGAGGCAACGGAGGAGACUAAGAGCCUCAUCCGACACCAAGUGUCGUCUCUCCUGAUGGCCCACAGGCCGCGGGAAGUGCUUUCCAAGGUCGAACGUGAUGCGCUUAGAGAACUCAAGGCCGACAAAGACUUGAUCAUCGUGCCACCGGACAAGGGGCGCUCCACAGUUGUGCUGGACAGGACAGACUACCUUCAAAAAGCCAAAGGUUUACUGGAGGACCGACAGUUCUAUGUCCUAUGUGCAACGAACCCUGUAAAAACGCUGACACGCGAAAUCAAUGCUACGGUGUUGGCCUUGGAGGACUCAGGUGCAAUAACACCGACCGACAGACGCAUGGCGAGACCCCCAAGAUACGGCUUUGGCCCGAUUCUAUGGCCUCCCUAAGGUGCACAAAGACGGCGCUCCUCUCCAACCCAUCGUGUCGCUCAAAGGGACUCCAACGUACGGACUGGCUAAGUGGCUGUUCCGGCGUCUCAAGUUCCUGACCGCUGAGUCAGACACCACGGUCUCUUCGUCAGCACAAUUCCUGGAGAAACUCGAAGGGGUAAGCCUCCAUCUAAAUGAGGUCAUGGAAUCUUUGGAUGUUACAUCCCUUUUUACUUCUAUUACCCAGGAACUGGCGAUCGAGACAAUUGAGCUGCUACUACAAAGCAAAUACGAUAAAACGGAGAACCGUCUUGGACACGCCCAAAUCCUUCAGCUCCUGAAGCUCUGUCUCAGGACGUACUUCACGUUCGACGGGACAAUCUACGAACAGGUGAAGGGCACACCAAUGGGUUCGCCGAUUUCGGGAUUCAUUGCCGAGGCGGUCCUGCAACGGGUAGAGUCGCUGGUAUUCCAACACCACAGACCGAAAUUCUGGGCCCGGUAUGUUGCAUGA